AGGUGAAACCGGUACCCGGGUAGUUCAGCACGUUGCGAAGCCGCUAGUGGUGUUGCUGCCGCUACGGUGAUAUAAAGAAAUCACUUGUUACAACACAACGCAUUUGUUUAAAUAAUUGACCCAUUGAGAUUUCAAGUUGACCAAAGAAAUGGUGAUGGAGAAGCCAAGUGCCCAGCUGGUCGGGCGAGAGUUUGUCCGACAGUAUUACACACUCCUGAACCAGGCUCCUGACUACCUGCACAGGUUUUACGGAAAGAACUCCUCCUACGUGCACGGCGGCCUGGACAGCAACGGCAAACCGGCGGAGGCUGUUUAUGGACAGUCUGAGAUCCAUAAGAGGGUGAUGGCUCUGAGUUUCCGAGACUGUCACACCAAGAUCAGGCAUGUGGAUGCGCAUGCCACCCUGAACGAGGGUGUGGUGGUGCAGGUGAUGGGUGAGCUUUCCAACAACAUGCAGCCCAUGAGGAAGUUCAUGCAGACCUUCGUUCUGGCACCUGAGGGUACGGUUGCCAAUAAAUUCUACGUCCAUAAUGAUGUGUUUCGUUACCAAGACGAGGUGUUUGGCGACUCCGACUCUGAGCCCCCAGAAGAGUCUGAGGAUGAGGUAGAGGAGCUCGAGAGGGUCCCCUCCCCUGAUGUGGCUCCGGAGGAAUCCGCUUCCUUCUAUGACCAGACGGCCUGCUCAGAGCCAACGGCUCCUGGUGACCAGGAUGAGGUGGAUGCUGCAAGUCCAGAACCAGAGCCAGAGGUGGAGACGGAGGCCGAGGUUGCUGACGUGGAGCUGAAAGUUGAGGCGGUUCUGGAGAAACAGACAGAAACGCACACAGCCGACGACCAGACAGAGAAGAGUCCUGCCACUCCUGCCCCACCUUCUACAGAACCUGCCUCUGCUGCACCUGCUGAACCUGCCCCUGCUGCUCCAGAAGACAACAGGCCGUUUUCCUGGGCAUCGGUCACUAGUAAAAACCUCCCUCCUAGUGGCGCUGUCCCAGUCUCCGGAAUCCCCCCACAUGUCGUCAAAGUCACUCCCACAGCACCACCCAGAGCAGAGGUAAAGUCAGAGUCCCAAACAGCAACACAGAGACCACAGAGAGACCAGAGACCGAGGGAACAGAGGCCUGGAGGUCCUCCACCAGCACACAGAGGGCCAAGACCAGCUCGAGAGGGUGAACAGGGCGAGUCGGAGGGUCGCAGGGUGGUCCGGUAUCCUGAUGCCCACCAGCUCUUUGUGGGCAACGUUCCUCAUGAUGUGGACAGAAAUGAACUAAAAGAGUUCUUUGAACAGUAUGGUACUGUUCUGGAGCUUAGGAUAAACAGUGGAGGGAAGCUACCAAACUUUGGCUUUGUGGUGUUUGAUGACUCUGAACCUGUACAGAAGAUCCUCAACAUCAGGCCCAUCAAGUUCAGAGGUGAUGUCCGUCUGAAUGUGGAGGAGAAGAAGACCCGGUCAGCCAGAGAGGGCGACAGGCGGGACGUGAGGCCCCGUGGUCCUGGAGGUCCCGGUGGUCCCAGAGAGCGAGUAGGAGGCGGCGGAGGACCCAGAGGCCCCCCCACUCGUGGAGGCAUGGCACAGAAACCCAGCUUUGGUUCUGGACGGGGUGCUGGGCCCAGUGAGGGGCGCUACUCUGCUCCACGCCAAUGAACCACCUGGGCUCCAAACCUGAGUUAGAUUACUGUCUGGAUUCAGUUUACUUGGUUGUUGAUGUUUCUGAUUGGACAAAAACCAAAUUAGGAAGUAAAGCCCUUUACUCUACAUCCAGGAGAGAAAAUCUGGGGGAUUUUUAACAGUUAAAAUUAGGUUGCUGUUCAUACACUGAACUUUUUGACUCGUGUCCUCCUUUCCGUCUCCUGUAUGUACAUUGAAGGGUUUUCUGUUAGUAAUUGACGCAGGUUUGAUCAAGCUUCACCGUUAAGUCACGCCAGCUCCUGCUGAAUUCGGCAGCCAGACUCAACUGUCGCCUGUCUCAUGAAGAUUGCUGCCUCCUCAUCCCAACCCCACCACCACAUCAUUAUGAGCAUCAUGAGCAAGGCCCCAUCGCCUGACACUCCAGAACGGUGCGAGUGGUUGCUCCCCAGGUCAUCUUCGUAUCUUUCUGUAUGGUUGUUCUUUCUCCUUUCUGAAUCCACACCACAGCUCACACCAGAGACGCAACCAGCCCCGCUGUCAGAUCAUCCACAUUGACAUUUUUAUGGAUUUUUCACAUGUAUUAUUAUCUGGACUCAAGUCAAUAUUUUUAUUCUUUCAUUCAUGCUGAACUUGAAUACAACAACAAAUCGAAACACACACACAAACAGACGAAAAAGGGUAAAUGCUACUUGAAUUGCGGGAUUAAAAACCCAGAGGUUAGUUUUGUGUUAAUUUUUCGCGUUCUCUCCCUGUUUCUUAAAGGAACGUGUACUUUACUGCUUGGGCAAUCCUGUGUAUUGCUGCCACCGUUGUAUCUAGCGAUGGAUCUGUCUUAUCUUUUUAUUCUGUCAGGUCAAGCGCUGAACUGUAGUGGUCUUUAUUUGAGUAAUGUUAGCUUGUAAUAUGUGGAUUUACAGACUCGUCUGAAUGGAGCAUGUAUCAAAACCUGUUAGGCUUCUAUUACCGAUGCACUUCAUUUGUCAUCAUGUUUAAAAUAAGCUCACAUGCCGAUGAGAGAACUAAAUUAAAAGCGAUUUACUGUUUUA